GGAUGAAGGACAAGGGACAGCCACUCCAUUCAUUCCCAAGAGCUGUGCAAAUAGCCACAGAGGUAAUGUCUGGAGGUGUCCCCCUUUUGUUGGAAGCACAAGAGUUUGUGGCAGAGAAGUUUGUUUCUCGUUCUGUGCCGCUUCCCUGUGCGGUUGACUAAAGGCAAAAGUACCCGAGGCUCUGGGUGGCACACAAGAAUGGCCACGUGCACAGUAGUUGAUUUCACCCUUGCAGAAAGGGUGGUCACCACAGAGCAGUUGGAAAUGGAUGACCGUUCUGCCACUAUUGCAGCUGCUGCUCACCACAGAAGGUUUCUGAUAAAGCUCAAGAUGGAUGAUAUUAUGGUGAACCUGAAGACCUUUCAGCCCGAGUAUGGAACAGGGAUACAUGAGCCCCUGAUGAGCCUAAGAUGCCGUGCCAAAGGACUGACAGUGACUGCCUGUGCCCAUGCACUCUUCUUCUGCAGACUGCUCCAGGCCACCAGGUAAAGCAAGGAACAAAAAUCAUUCCUGAAAAAUGUCCUAGAGGGUGACAGCCAAGGCCUGAAGCUUGGGAUUAUUGGUGGAGGCCAUAUUGGGAAACAACUGGCCAGGACAAUGUUGCAUCUGGGUGGCAUGUCAGGAAAGAACAUCCAGAUAUCUACAAGGCGUCCAGAAACUCUGGGAGAAUUUGAGACACUGGGAGUUACCUGCUUUUAUGACAACAGGAAGCUGGUGGGCUGGGCAGAUGCUGUAUUUCUCUGCUGUCUUCCGUCUCACCUCCCACACAUUUGCGCAGAAAUCCAGGAUGCACUUACAAAAUGUUGCAUUGUCUACAGCCUGGUCACAGCUUUCCCUCUGCCCAGGCUGAAACAACUUCUUUACUCCAAUAACAUCUUGAGGCCACAGUACAAGUUUGUGGAGAGUGGACUUUUUCAGAUGUGGGAGGCCAGCAGGACAGUUGUGGAAGCCCUCAAAGAUCCAGCUGUUAUCCAAGCUACAUGUCCCUGUAACCCUAAUGCGGAAAUUGUUGUCAAUACCAAGUGGCUGGUAGCAGUUUUCUAUGCAGCUCUAAAUAGCUACACAUGGCAGUGUGUACCCUACAUGAGAGCCCUAUUCUUCCUCAAUGAAGCGUGUUUUCCUGCAAAAGCUAGUACCACCUCCUUAGAUAAUAAAAUGGAAUCGUCAGAGCUAGUUUGUGAAAACUUCAUCAACCAAGCCUUCGCUUCCACCCUAGAAUGUAGUAAUACUUUCCCAUUGUUUGACCUGACAGCUGUACAGCAAAGGGACUCACCUUUCAGCCAGUUUAUUGAAUCAACUACAUCUUUCCAGAAAGUUGCUUUAUUAUAUCAUAACUUGAUUGCCGAAUUAUCCACAAACAUUGAAGACUCCACGAGCACUGUCUCUAAGAAGACAUCUCUUUCAGCUGUGCUACUGAACCCCACCAAGACUUUGAUUCAUGGCAUAGAUGGGACUUUUAUAAGCAAAGUAGAAGAGGGAUCUAGUUCUGAUUCUGAAGAGACAUAAAUUAACUAUGGUGUGAUUCCAAUCAGGAAGAAGUAGGAAAGCUAAACCUGUACUCCUUCAUCUGCCACUGUUUUUGUCUAAAACUCAUAGCUGAAUGCAAGUGGUUUGAAUAAAUAACAUUUGCAAUACAAUGGUGAUGUGCAGUUACCUCAGUUCAGGAUAAAUGGAAAACAGGAACAUCACUUUUUGGCUGAAGCUAAGCACGAUCACUUGAAAAUAUAUUCAACGAAAAACUGUGGAACACAACUUCUAAGCAAUCCAAUGAACACAUUGCUCCAUUGCUUCAUGAAUAAAAAUUUGUGUGAACGCAGCCUAUGAAGCAAAAUCCAUAUUUUAUGAACUCAAAGAUGAAUACAAAAAUCUGUGGCAUAAAAUGUAAAUAUCCAAAA